AUGUCACUCUCUUUCGGGUCUGCAGUUUUAUCAACUUUUGACAUCCGGGAGGAGGAGAGGGAAUAUCUCUCGCAAUUGGUUGAAUCACCUGAUACUCCUUGCGAUGAAACGAGACGACUUGUUGACAGUAGUAUUCUGGCCAACUCUGAAGACUUUCACUAUUUGAUUGACUGUGCUACAUCCAUCCAGCAAGCAAAUCGUCUUCCUCAUGACAACUUGGGGGGCAAUGAUAUCCUUACAUUUGUGUGGUAUAUCCUGGCUGGUGAAGGUAUCGAUCAUAAUGCAGACCUAAACCCGUGGGCGGAGACAGAUCGCCUGAUACUUCUUGCCAAGGAACUGGCUACAGACCCGGAUAUUCAAGGUCCAUUUUCUUGCAAUAUUUCGAACGACAUACGUCCGCCAAAAAGGUCUCGCCUUCGAUCCAGAUCAACCAAAUAUACCACCACAGUCUCACACUUUUGGUCAACCGAACCAAGCACACAGGCCGAGCCCCCAAACAGCAGCUCAAGCCAUGGAUAUAGCCACUUGCAGAAGACCAAUCUUGCCAAUGGGCUUUCGGAAGCAGGAGUAACCAACAUCAAACAGAACAGAGAAGUAAUACACCAAAGAAGAGUCGCACAAAGCACCAAGACUAUUCGCCCACAAUGUCGGUUAGCACCCAGCAAAACUGGUACACUAUGUCCUACUGCUCGAAUAUCCCCAUACUUUGCAACAGGAGCUGUCGUCAAAAAAUCCCCCAAGCGGCCACCAGCAGGUGUCGUCUCAAGCGUUCGUUUCCCACCACUAUCCUCGCCGACAUUUGGGCUUGUUCAGGAAAGACUCGCACACGAGCCAUUCUGGCUAUUAAUAGCGGUAACAUUCUUGAUCAAGACAAGUGGUCAAGCGGCUAUACCGGUUUUUUAUAAAGUCAAGGAAAGGUUUCCUUCGCCUGAAGAGCUAAAGGACCCGGACAAUUCCGAAGAAAUACUAAGCAUGAUUCGCCAUCUUGGUUUGGCUAUUCACCGGCUGGCCUUUAUUCACAAGUUUGCCGAAGCUUACAGUAGCAACCCACCAACAGCAGAGAAAUUGUACAGGGUUAGAAACUACGAUAAGAGAGAUACACAACACCUAGGCGUUAAUACCAGGAGCAACGGCGAGUCUAUUCGGACGGCUGUGCCUUCCAAUGACGACGAAGCGCAUCCAGAAGCAUGGGAAAUUGGACAUAUGACUAAAGGAAAAUACACACUGGAUAGUUGGAGGAUAUUUUGUCGAGACGAGUUCUUGGGACGAGCCCAGGACUGGAAUGGUAAGGGACAAAAGCCAGAGUUUCAGCCCGAAUGGAUGCGAGUUAGGCCGCUUGAUAAAGAGCUCCGAGCAUAUUUGCGAUGGAUGUGGAUGCGAGAAGGUUGGGAAUGGGACCCCGAAACUGGCGAGCGACGAGCGCUACGGCCGGAAUUGCAAGCAGCUGUAAAUGAAGGAAGGGUUGAGUAUGACAACAGUGGAGGACUUCGAAUUUUGAACACACCGGCGCAGGAUAUGGAUGACAGGAAAUAG